AGUAAACAGUAUGAAUGAAUCUCCGGUCUAAUUGUAAGGUUAUAACUCUAAAAAGAAUAUAGAAAGACUUCUUUUAAAGAAAUAAAUAUCCAAAAGAGCAGGUGCAGAAGGCAGAAUUAAUUGAACAUAUAAUUAUACAGAAAAAAAGAAAUUCUAAGCAAGUAUUUCGAUCAAUUUCUACGAAACUGCAUUGAAUUUAUGAAUGAGGACCAAUUUUCUGAACUUUAUUAAUUAAUUUAUGUUUAUAAAUUCCCUGUAAAUAUCCUCAACAUACUCUUUGGUGAAGGUUUGCAACACGAUGAAUUUACCACAAGUGUACUUUGACAUAUCCGCAGAUGAUAAGCCAUUGGGACAUAUUGUAAUACAGUUACGUCCUGAUAUUGUGCCAAAGACAUCAGAAAAUUUCCGUGCACUGUGCACAGGAGAGAAAGGCUUUAGUUAUAAAGGAAGUUAUUUUCAUCGUGUUAUUCCCAAUUUCAUGUGUCAGGGUGGUGAUUUUACACAUCACAAUGGUACAGGUGGAAAAUCAAUUUAUGGUGAAAAAUUUGAAGAUGAGAAUUUUGAACUCAAACAUACUAGAGGUGGUACAUUAUCGAUGGCAAACUCUGGUCCAAAUACAAACGGCUCACAAUUUUUUAUCACCACUAUAAAAACACCUUGGCUAGAUAAUAAACAUGUUGUAUUUGGUAGUGUUGUUGAAGGAAUGGACGUUGUAAGAAAAAUUGAAAAUUAUGGUUCUUCGACUGGUAAAACAUAUCAGAAAAUCAUGAUAGUAGAUUGUGGUCAAUUAUCUUAAACACUAAGUUAUAUAUAUAUAUAUAUAUAUAU